UCUUGUACAUAUCAAUUGAUAUGGUUUGCACUUCCGUAGAGCUACGAGGCUUCCGCUAACAAACGGUCCCUAUUUCGUAUGAAGGUUGCCUGGCAUCUUGUACCAGCCAUCGACUAGUUGACAACAUUUGAAGUGUUUUGCUUCAGACAAACGGACGAAGGUUUAUUUUCGUUGAUGAAACUGACUUUGAUCAUUUCGUACUCAGCAACCACCUGCUUUGCGAUAUCCUGACUUCUUCCACAAUACGCAGUUCUCCCAGACUAGGCUCGUCUACUUUGGCUCACUAGCACCUUACUUGAACGAGAUGCUCUUCCACUAACAGCAUAGCUAAGACGUCUAGAUCUCCAACAUGGAAGUCUUCUGCCGUAACGUGCCUACCAAUCUGAAGGUACACCACCUGAAGAGAGAGCUCAGGCCCAUCCUGGCAACAUUAGACAUCAUUGCAUUUGAAUGUCGAGUACACGCCUGCGGACAUGCCACCAUCACGAUUGCAGAUGUUGACAAGGCCAAACGGUUUUUGAGCAGAUAUCCACAGGCUCAAAGAGGGUCGAGGAUUCCAGCCCAUCAGCAGCUGAAGGUUUUGGGGACGAUCAUUUUCAUUGAGGAAGGAAGGAACAAACCAGACCAAUACAUGCUGUUAUCUCUCCGCGAGGAAGAAAUUGAACGUCGAAGUCGACCUCGCCGUCCUCCUUCUUCACUUACUGGGGACGCAGCUCAGAGGCCAAGAAAAUUCUUAAUCCGUGCCUUGUCGUGUGGUGUCUUCGACUUCGCAGGGAUCACUCCCAUAUUCGUCGAGUACUGGAAUUUGAGACAGCCAGGUAAUAUCAAGUUUAACUCGAAUAAACUGACCGUUGUCAUCCAGAGCCCCGAAAACCCACUGGAGAUGCUGAGACUUGAUUUCCAGUAUCGGAACCUAUUUGAUUCGAUAUUCGUGGACUAUGGCGGUGGAUCGAUAACUUUCUCUGGAGUGGCUCCUCCGUAUCUGUUUCGGGUUCCCCCAAAAAAGACACUGCAGAUUUAUCCUCGAGCUGCUCGUUUGGUAGCACGACUGGAACAAGAAGAGAAGAAGAUAAGACUUCGUUUCCUCAACAACGACCACAAGCAUAUCGUUUCUGCAUGCUUUGGAUAUCGUAUUUUACUGGCCAGUCCUGCUGAUGUGUCCCUCGUCCGCGGCCUCUCCAACGACCGCAACAUCCCGCAGGUAGAAAGAUGGAAAGAUCGAUUGAGCUAUCACAACCAAUCGUACGUGAACCAGCUUCGUGACUUUCUUGUUGGACUGGUCCGUCAAGGCCUUCCAUUCGCCAUCAUGUUCCAGCUUCAGAUGCUGGCUUUGAAUGGAGAAUUGCCGAUGUACAAAAUAAACCGUCUCACUCCGCAUGUAAAACAGCUGCUUACACGACACAAAGACGUGACUGUGGCCAGAGUUCUCAGAGAGCUACCAAGGAAACUUCAUUAUCCUACGCCGCACGCAGAUAGUAACGACGUGAGCCUAGAAAGCAUCAAACAUAUCAUCACCGAUCUUGAAAAUUCGCAUGCCAUUGACGAGGCAAGGCCAGGCCAACCGGGGUAUAUGAACCACAACCAAAUCGCCAUCCACCGCGCCAGCGUCACUCCCACCGGCAUAUACCUCGACGGACCCAACCCCGAAAUCAAAAACCGCGUAUUACGUCGAUACUUCGCCUACAGCGACUCUUUCCUUCGCGUGCGGUUUAUCGAAGAGUCCGGGGAUCCCAUGAUGUACGACAUUGGCACGGACUUGGACGAGAUUUUCCGUGGACGAUUUCGAGAGGUCCUCCGCGACGGUAUUGUUAUUGCAGACCGCCUCUACAACUUUCUCGGAUUCUCGAAUUCGUCACUCAGAUCACGCACCUGCUGGUUCAUGGCACCGUUUGAGGAUAACCUUGGGGACCGGGUCAGCGUGGACACUUUGAUUCCCAGAUUAGGCGACUUUCUGCUCAUCAGGUCGCCGGCGAAAUUCGCGGCGAGACUGGGUCAGACGUUUUCGGAUACUUUGACUUCGAUUCCCAUUGAGAAGCAUGUAGUCGGGAGGGUGCCAGAUGUGGAACGGAAUGGCAGGGUAUUCAGUGAUGGCUGCGGAACGAUUUCGAAAGAGAUUCUGUGGAGGAUUUAUCGUGAUUAUCCUCGUCAUGCAGUGGUGAAUCCGACGGUUUUUCAGAUUCGUUUCUCUGGAGCUAAAGGCAUGUUGUCGCUAGACAGCACAUUAAAAGGCCCAUCUAUCAGACUACGGGACUCCAUGAUUAAGUUCCACGCUGAAGAUGAAUCAAACAUUGAAAUCUGCGGAUCUGGCAUUGAGAAGCUCCCCUGCUACCUAAAUGCACCGCUAAUCAAAAUUCUAGAAGAUCUGGGUGUCGCCCGCGAUGUAUUUCUUGAGCUCCAAAGACAAGAAAUAGAAUCUCUCAGCCAAAUCGUUCACUCCCCCCAGCAAGCGGCGUCUUUUCUUGAACAAUCACAUAUCUCUAAAUCGAUACGUCUACCAUGGCUGAUCUUGGUAUUGAAAUCAAUGGACCUGUCCUACGUACAUGAUAGUUUCCUCAAACAGGCCGUGGAACUCACAAUCCUCACGAAGCUGCGGGAUCUCAAGUAUAAGGCCCGAAUCCGUAUCCCCAAGGCUGUUACGCUGUAUGGAAUUAUGGACGAGACGGGGGUUCUGAACGAACAUGAGAUAUUCGUGCCUGUUAUGAAUGAAAGGAAACAGCGAGAGAUUUUAGUUCAUGAUGCCGUGAUCAUAACCCGUUCUCCCGCCUUCCAUCCUGGCGACGUCCAACUUGUCAGCGCAGUUGACGUACCAGAGGACUCUCCACUUCGAAAUUUGCACAACUGCGUUGUUUUCAGCCAAAAGGGUAUGAGGGACCUACCCAGUCAGCUUAGCGGCGGUGAUCUUGAUGGUGAUCUUUUCAAUAUUAUUUAUGAUGACCGAUUCAAAUUGCGCAAGACGGCAGUACCGGCAGAUUACCCGCGUGUUCCUGGCGUGGUCCUUGAUAGAGCGGUGACUCUAGAUGAUAUCAAGGAUUUCUUCAUCACGUUCAUGCAGCAAGACCAGCUAGGCCGGAUUGCUACUACCCACAAAAUCCUCGCAGAUUGUCGUGAAGGCGGCACGUUUCAUCCUGACUGCUUGACGCUGGCGGAACUGCAUUCUACGGCUGUGGAUUUUUCGAAGACAGGCACACCGGUCGACGUUACGAAGAUCCCAAGAUAUCCCCACUACCGCCCCGAUUUUAUGGCCCCGGGACCUCGCGUGCGAGUCGCUGAGAGCAUCGAAGUUCUCGAAGCCGAAGAAAAACACACCUGGGAUGACGACGUCAAUGAAGCCGACGACGACGACGAUGACAUGCGGCCCGGGCGACGGUAUUACAAAAGCCAGCGCGUUCUGGGAUAUCUAUUUCGUAAGAUCGAUGAACGAAAAUUCCUUGUUGACCUACAAACCGCUUCGAAGCCAAAGCAGUCAGUGAAUUUGCUGCAUUAUUUGUGGGAUUAUAUUCAACGGGAAACAGUGGGCUUUAUUUGGGAGCAUCAUAAAGAGCAGGGUUUUGUUGUGAGGGAUAUCUAUGAAGAAAACCUGGAGGAUAUGAUGUAUCGGUACUCAGAAACGCCAUGGAAAACCGCUUUGACCGAGGUCGAAGUUUUCAUCGGCAAUAUCAUGGGGAAGAACCACAAACAGACGGUACAGCAAAAAGAAGCUUCCAAGACGAUGCGAGAGGAAUACGAUAGUCUGGUUACCUGGGUCAUGGGACUGAUAACAGGCCAGGGAACGUCCGAAGAACAGGAGUCACUGGAACGAUCCGUCGCGUGUUUCUGGGUUGCUAUGAGCAGUUCUACUACCACUGUUGAUAAGCACAAGUCAUCGUCGGGCACGAUUAAACUCCGUAGUUAUCCGUGGAUUGCGGCUAUUGCUUGUCUUCAGGAGAUUGACAAGUUUCAGCGGAGGAUGCCUUAUUGAUUAGGAGCUGUGGGUAGAUGUGGGGAAGUUUGAUUCGGUAGUUGCGAGAUGGGGUGUGAUGAUGAUUUUGCAUUGCAUGUACGGUUAGGAGAGCGUAGUUAAAUUGUCACGAGUUCAUGAAUACACGUCGUUAAUA